CUUUCUGUUUCAGAGCCAACGGCAGUGUUUGAGAAGCAGUUAGAAGAUCAGAGAGUCACUGAAAUACCAAGUGAAGCAACUUUUGAUUGUUUGCUGGCAGAAGAAAAUGCGAAAGUGGAAUGGUUCAAAAACGAUCGACCCAUCAAAAAAGGAGAUAAAUAUGAUAUCAUUGUUUCGGGUCACGUGCAAAAGUUGGUGGUGAAAGACGUAGAAGGUAAAGAUGAGGGCGAGUAUUCCGUUGUUUUCAAGAAUAAAACUUCCAGUGCUAAAUUAAUUGUUGAAGGUAACUGUAAUUAUAUUUGUGAAUUUUAUAAAAAUGAUAACUCGAGUGAUAAAUACAACGAAGCUAAAUAUAGGUGUUUAUUUUCUAAGUUUAUUUUCUAA